AUGAAGCAGCUUGUGGAACAAGAUAACCGUGGUGGUCUGACCGACAACGAACGCAAGUCUCUUCUCGGUCUGAAGCUCUCGGCCGACAAGACUCCCGCUACCCUGAACGCCUGGUGGAUCGCUUACUCCAAGACGAAAGGCGGUGACCACGAUAGCUUUGUGGACCAGUUCGGCAGUAGCAUUCCUCGCGACCAUAUGGACAAGCUGAGCGAUCCAUGGACAAACCCGUCAAGUACAGAUGUCGCAAUGUUCAAACGUGGAUUUCGUCACGCCCGUGCUGAAUCUUGCCUCGAGCACACUGAUCGAGAACUCAACUAUAACGCCGACUUCAUGAAACGUUUUCGCACGCGUGAAGUUCGCCUGGAGGAGAUUACUGCCAAGCCCCAGGGGUACGCCAAGCCUCAUCCAACUCCUCCGCCUCUACGUCGGCUUCGUCCCGUACUACCACCAGUGAACGUCCGACUCCACCGGAGUCACCUCGUGUACCGCGCCACCCAACAGCAAAAGGCGUUCGUCGCGUUGAUCGAACGCUCGAACCAAGUCCAGCAAGGAUUUGUCGAGGCCUUGACUCGUUCGAGUCAGCCCCAGUAUGCUGCCCCCACCCAGCAGUCGCAACCAUAUGGCUUCGCCUACCAACAAGCGGCACCGAUCCAGCCUGCAACUUCCUCUUAUGGACAGCAGUAUCAACAGCCAUAUGCUUCUCAUGCCAUGUCACCUCAUGGUCAACCAGCUCUUCAAUCCAACCCGAUGACAACGCCGAAACAAAUGUCUGGUGUAGGACGCGCUCGCGCUGGUCAUAUACCGAUGGUUAUCUCUUCGAAACCCGACGAAAUCACGGUCAGCGACCAAAACGUCUGUGGCCGAUGUGACCACCUCCACCACGGAUCUAAGGAAUGCUCUCGUCAGACCAUGCGUUGCAACUUUUAUGGCCAGAUGGGACACUACCCAGGAGAAUAUGUCAAGAUUUGCCACCUCUGCGGUCAGCCUGGGUCAACCGCCGCCAAGUGCCCGUUCAAGCCCGCGCACUAA